AUGAAUUUACACCUAAAUACGACAUACAUAAUUGUUCUACCAAAGUUACAUAGCUAGAUGUGUUGAGAGUAAAUGGCGAUUGUAAUGUGUUUGUGUAUCUAAGCAUGUGAGAGCAAACUCGGCAUCUCUGUCCUUGCCGACUCCCGGUUUACUGAGUUGAGUACUUCUGCAGAAGAGACGGAACAUCUGGAUGAUCAUGGAUGAAUUCACUCCUUUAGACUGUCUGCUGCCUACAGGCACACAGAAAAUAUGUCUGAUCAUUCUCAACCAGCCUUUGGAAAAAGACAGUCUUCACACACUCUGGAGUAAAGCUCUCCUGCGGGCGUGUGCAGAUGGUGCGGCCAACCACCUGUAUGACAUCACCGCUGGACAACAAGACAGUUUUCUUCCAGACUACAUCAGUGGGGACUUUGAUUCUAUUACUGCAGAGGUCAAAGCUUUCUACACAGAGAAGAAGUGUCGGUUGAUAGAGACCGCUGAUCAGGAGCUGACUGACUUCACUAAAUGUCUGGCCAUCAUGGUGGAGGAGAUCAAGAGAAAACAGCUUCAGGUGGAUACUAUAGUGACUCUGGGUGGUCUAGCAGGAAGAUUUGACCAGACCAUGGCUUCAGUAGAGACUUUGUACCACGCCCUCAAUAUGACAGAACUACCUCUGGUGGUUCUACAGGGAUGCAGUCUGGCCUACCUGCUACGACCGGACAUGAGACACAGGUUGGGAGUGAAUACAGGACUGGAGGGGGAAUGGUGCAGUCUAAUACCUAUAGGAGGACCAUGCAAAACACACACCACUGGACUCAAAUGGAACCUGGACAACCAGGUACUGCAGUUCGGGAAGCUGGUGAGCACAUCCAACACCUACGAGCCUGUCGCCCAGGAAGACCAGAGGAAGCCUGUAACCGUGACAACGGACCAGCCACUGCUCUGGAGCAUGGGCAUCUGCAGGGACAGGAAAUGACAUCAUCGACCAGGGUGCUCCACCUCCUUCCAGAAUGAACAAAUGGGUGUCAUUUAAAUAGGCUAAUGGCUUCCUCUCUCUCCCCAACUGGAAAUUCACACUUCUGCCUAGUUGAAAUAGUGUAAAAAUGCCUCUUUCCUUCCUUGGUGAAGGAAUCUCUGAACGGUCACAAGAGGAAGCAACUUUACAUUAUAGAUUCACCACUAGCCUAGAAAACUCUGUCCUGAUUCCAAACUGGAGACUUGUCCCUUCCCCUUAAAGACUAACCAUUGCAUAUCUGAGGUGGGGGUCAAAUCCAUACUUCUCAAGGGUGGAUUUUAGGGUGCAAGUCUACGGUUUGGAACUCAGCCCCAAUGUGCCUUCACUGUUGUCGCUUAACAAACAGAGAUACACACUAUAUACAAGUCAAACAUAAGUCAAGCUGCAUAUUUCUUUGAUUUAUUAACACAGUCAAAUAAAAACAUUGCAAACAAUGUUUUAAAAAAAUGGCAAAAAAAAUGGCCCUUCACUAUUCUCCCACCACCACUUUUCCACAUUGCCCUGCUGCCAAAGGUCUCUGGUUAUUGUAGUUCUGUAGUUGUAGUUCUGUAACAUUUCCAGAGGUUAAACCGCCCCUGAGAGAGAUAAGAGAACUCACAAUAACAGGGCCACACAGAGGCUAAUUCAGUUUCUCCCCUUUACCCAAAAGUAUACAAUCAUCCACACCUCUUAACUGUAGUGGCAGAAAUGCUAUAUGCCUUAUGAUUUAAAAUAGUGUGUUUCACGCAUUCCAUCAAAUCAAAUAGAACUGCAAAACAUAGUUUGAUAUUAUCGCAGACCUACAUGCAUCUAUGCACAUAUCUUGAUAACAAAUUAAUCAUAUACAGUGCCUUGCGAAAGUAUUCGGCCCCCUUGAACUUUGCGAACUUUUGCCACAUUUCAGGCUUCAAACAUAAAGAUAUAAAACUAUUUUUUUGUGAAGAAUCAACAACAAGUGGGACACAAUCAUGAAGUGGAACGACAUUUAUUGGAUAUUUCACACUUUUUUAACAAACCAAAAACUGAAAAAUUGGGCGUGCAAAAUUAUUCAGCCUCCUUAAGUUAAUACUUUGUAGCGCCACCUUUUGCUGCGAUUACAGCUGUAAGUCGCUUGGGGUAUGUCUCUAUCAGUUUUGCACAUCGAAAGACUGACAUUUUUUCCCAUUCCUCCUUGCAAAACAGCUCGAGCUCAGUGAGGUUGGAUGGAGAGCAUUUGUGAACAGCAGUUUUCAGUUCUUUCCACAGAUUCUCGAUUGGAUUCAGGUCUGGACUUUGACUUAGCCAUUCUAACACCUGGAUAUGUUUAUUUUUGAACCAUUCCAUUGUAGAUUUUGCUUUAUGUUUUGGAUCAAUGUCUUGUUGGAAGACAAAUCUCCGUCCCAGUCUCAGGUCUUUUGCAGACUCCAUCAGGUUUCCUUCCAGAAUGGUCCUGUAUUUGGCUCCAUCUGUAACGGCGUUCUUCGUUUGUAGAAAGAGAGUCGGACCGAAAUGCAGCGUAGUGGUUACUCAUGUCUUUAAUGAACAAAGAUCGUGAUACAUGAAAUAACUUAUACAUAUACAAAAACAACAAACGGAACGUGAAACCUAUUACAGCCUAUCUGGUGAAACUACACAGAGACAGGAACAAUCACCCACGAAAUACAAAGCGAAACCCAGGCUACCUAAAUACGGUUCCCAAUCAGAGACAACGAGAAUCACCUGACUCUGAUUGAGAACCGCCUCAGGCAACCAAGCCUAUACAACACCCCUAAUCAGCCGCGAUCCCAAAUACUACAAACCCCAAUACGAAAAUACAAUAACAUAAACCCAUGUCACACCCUGGCCUGACCAAAUAAUAUAACGAAAACACAAAUACUAAGACCAAGGCGUGACACCAUCCAUCUUCCCAUCAAUUUUAACCAUCUUCCCUGUCCCUGCUGAAGAAAAGCAGGCCCAAACCAUGAUGCUGCCACCACCAUGUUUGACAGUGGGGAUGGUGUGUUCAGGGUGAUGAGCUGUGUUGCUUUUACGCCAAACAUAACAUUUUGCAUUGUUGCCAAAAUGUCAAUUUUAGUUUCAUCUGACCAGAGCACCUUCUUCCACAUGUUUGGUGUGUCUCCCAGGUGGCUUGUGGCAAACUUUAAACAACACUUUUUAUGGAUAUCUUUAAGAAAUGGCUUUCUUCUUGCCACUCUUCCAUAAAGGCCAGAUUUGUGCAAUGUACGACUGAUUGUUGUCCUAUGGACAGAGUCUCCCACCUCAGCUGUAGAUCUCUGCAGUUCAUCCAGAGUGAUCAUGGGCCUCUUGGCUGCAUCUCUGAGCAGUCUUCUCCUUGUAUGAGCUGAAAGUUUAGAGGGACGGCCAGGUCUUGGUAGAUUUGCAGUGGUCUGAUACUCCUUCCAUUUCAAUAUUAUCGCUUGCACAGUGCUCCUUGGGAUGUUUAAAGCUUGGGAAAUCUUUUUGUAUCCAAAUCUGGCUUUAAACUUCUUCACAACAGUAUCUCGGACCUGCCUGGUGUGUUCCUUGUUCUUCAUAAUGCUCUCUGCACUUUUAACGGACCUCUGAGACUAUCACAGUGCAGGUGCAUUUAUACGGAGACUUGAUUACACACAGGUGGAUUGUAUUUAUCAUCAUUAGUCAUUUAGGUCAACAUUGGAUCAUUCAGAGAUCCUCACUGAACUUCUGGAGAGAGUUUGCUGCACUGAAAGUAAAGGGGCUGAAUAAUUUUGCACGCCCAAUUUUUCAGUUUUUGAUUUGUUAAAAAAGGCACUGUAUAUACACUAAACAAAAAUAUAAACGCAAGUGUUGGUCCCAUGUUACAUGAGCUGAAAUAAAAGAUCCCAGAAAUUGUC